CGGAGUGGGGCGGAGCGAGUGUGGCGUGGGGCCCGCGCCGGGGCCGAGCCGCCGCGGACCGUGAGAAUCUGGAGGGAUCCUACCUCUUGAAAACCUUACUUCCCACCUGCCAAAUCGUGGGCUAGAGUGAAGCAGAAAUCUAGGAAGAUGAGUUCCAGCAUGACCAUGAGUGAACCAAGGCUAAACUGGGAUGUUUCCCCAAAAAAUGGCCAUAAGACAUUUUUCUCUCGAGAAAAUUAUAAAGACCAUUCCUUGGCUCCAAGUUUAAAAGAACUCUGUAUUUUAUCUAACAGACGUAUAGGGGAAAAUUUGAAUGCCUCAGCAAGUUCUGUAGAAAAUGAGCCGGCAGUUAGUUCAGCAGCUCAAGCAGAGGAAAAAGUUAAAACCGCAGUUGGAAUGGUUCUUCUUCCAAAACCAAGAGUUCCUUAUCCUCGUUUCUCUCGUUUCUCACAGAGAGAGCAAAGAAGUUAUGUGGACUUGUUGGUUAAAUAUGCAAAGAUUUCUACAAAUUCAAAGGCUAUUGGAAUAAAUAAAAAUGAAUACUUGCAGUAUUUGGAUAUGAAGAAACAUGUGAAUGAAGAAGUUGCUGAAUUCCUAAAGUUUUUACAGAAUUCUGCAAAGAAAUGUGCACAGGAUUAUAAUAUGCUUUCUGAUGAUGCUCGUCUCUUCACAGAGCAAGUUUUAAGAGCUUGCAUUGAACAAGUAAAAAAGUAUCCAGAAUUUUAUACCCUCCAUGAAGUUACCAGCUUACUGGGAUUCUUCCCGUUCAGAAUAGAGAUGGGAUUAAAGUUAGAAAAAACUCUUCUAGUAUUGGGCAAUGUAAAAUUUGUGAAAACAGUAUUUCCCUCAAUGCCUGCAAAGUUGCAGCUCUCAAAAGAUAACAUGUCUUCCAUUGAAACACCAGAACAAAGAGCUGAAGCUAUGCACUAUGAUAUUAGUAAGGAUCCAAAUGCAGAGAAACUUGUUUCAAGAUAUCAUCCUCAGAUAGCUCUAACUAGUCAAUCAUUAUUCACUUUGUUAAAUAAUCAUGGACCAAGCUAUAAGGAACAGUGGGAAAUUCCAGUGUGUAUUCAAGUUAUACCUGUUGCAGGUUCCAAACCAGUUAAAGUAAUUUAUAUUAACUCACCACUUCCCCAGAAGAAAAUGACAAUGAGAGAAAGAAAUCAAAUUUUCCAUGAAGUUCCAUUAAAAUUUAUGAUGUCCAAAACCACAUCUGUUCCAGUCUCUGCAGUAUUUAUGGACAAACCUGAAGAGUGUAUAUCUGAAAUGGAAACAUCCAGUGAAGUUAAUGAGUGCCGAAAAGUUGAGACUCUUGAAAAUUUGGAUCUGGAUUUUGAUGAUGAUGUCACAGAACUUGAAACUUUUGGAGUAACUACUACCAAACCAUCAAAGUCACCAAGUCCAGCAAGUACUUCCACGGUACCCAUCCUGACUGAUUCCACAGCCCCCAAAGCAGCAGCUACACCUGUAGCACCAUCUGCACCAGACAUUUCUGCUAAUUCUAGAAGUUUAACUCAGAUUCUAAUGGAACAAUUGCAGAAGGAGAAACAACUGGUCACUGGUAUGGAAAGUGGCCCUGAAGAAUGCAAAAAUAAAGAUGAUCAGGGAUGUGUACCAUGUGGUGAAACGGUAACCAGUUCUGACAAGUCUUUGAUGCAAGAUAAUGACUUGAAAACAUCUAAUGCCUUACAGUUUGAAAAUUCCAAGGAAAUUGAAAACUCUAAUGAAAAUGAUAAGACUACUACAGAUACAGUAUAUACCAAAGAUGAAAGACUGAAUGUUCUAGAUAACAUAGACAAUUCAAAGGAAAAGUCUUCUACAUCAGAAACAACUAAAACUGAAAAAGUAAUUCCUUGCAGUAGUGAUACAGAUGAGGACUGUUUAAUCAUUGAUACACAGUGUGAAAAUAAUAGUGAUGAAAAAAUAGCUGUUGUGGGUUCUAGUUUAGGUUCUAGACCAGCGAGUCCAAAUUCUUCUUCAGAACAAGUUUCUGUAGGAAACCAGACUACUACUACUACCACUUGUAAUUCUGAAGAGUCAUGUGUUUUAAAAAAACCUAUCAAACGGGUAUAUAAAAAAUUUGAUCCAGUUGGAGAAAUUUUAAAAAUGCAGGAUGAGCUCUUAAAGCCCAUUUCCAGAAAAGUACCUGAAUUGCCCUUAAUGAAUUUAGAAAAUUCUAAACAACCACCUAUUUCUGAGCAACCCUGUGCUCCUUCAGAUGCCUCCAGUUGGCCAAAAUCUGGAUGGUCUUCUGCAUUUCAGAAGCCAAAAGGACGAUUGCCAUAUGAACUUCAGGACUAUGUUGAAGAUACAUCGGAAUAUCUUGCUCCUCAAGAAGGAAAUUUUGUUUAUAAGUUGUUUAGCCUGCAAGACCUGUUAUUACUUGUGCGUUGCAGUGUCCAGAGAAUAGAGACAAGACCACGUUCUAAAAAACGGAAGAAAAUCAGAAGACAAUUUCCAGUUUAUGUACUACCAAAAGUAGAAUAUCAAGCUUGUUAUGGAGUUGAAGCUCUAACAGAAAGUGAACUUUGUCGCUUAUGGACAGAAAGUUUAUUGCAUUCCAACUGCUCGUUUUAUGUUGGGCAUAUUGAUGCAUUUACUUCAAAGCUUUUCCUGCUAGAAGAAAUUACCUCAGAAGAAUUAAAAGAAAAACUUUCAGCACUCAAGGUUUCAAGUUUAUUUAACAUUCUCCAACACAUCCUAAAGAAAUUAAGUAGCUUGCAGGAGGGUUCCUACUUGUUGUCUCAUGCAGCAGAAGAUUCUUCACUCCUGAUCUACAAGACCUCUGACGGAAAAGUUACUAGAACAGCAUACAAUUUGCAUAAAACACAUUGUGACCCUCCUGGUGUACCUUCUAGUCUCUCAGUUCCUUGGGUCCCAUUAGAUCCCAGUCUCCUAUUACCAUAUCAUAUUCAUCAUGGACGGAUACCUUGUACUUUUCCACCCAAAUCACUGGGUCCUGCAACACAGCAAAAGGUUGGUGGAACCAGAAUGCCUACACGCAGCCGAAGGACUCCAGUUUCCAUGGAAACCAAAAGCAGUUGCUUGCCUGCUCAGCAAGUUGAAAAUGAAGGAGUAGCUCCAAAUAAAAGAAAAAUAACUUAAGGACUGUACUAUGGAAAAUAAAAAUUCAGAAGAACCACUUAUGUUUAAUUUUAAAAAAUUUGGGGAGAACAUGAUCAAAAGAUCAGUAGGCAAAGGAAUGUUUUUCUUUUAGCAUUCUUAAGAAUUUUUAGAGUGCCUUGAAAAAAUGCUAGCUAUGAGAAAUGAGUGUUUCUACUAAAAUGGAAUGUUUCACUCUUUACCCUUGAAGUUGGAGAGAACCUAGGUGCGGUUUCAGAUUACCAUGGCAGGGAAAUGAAGAAAAUAUUUUUAUAUUAUACCAUUUUCUAAAAAUUGUAAACAGGGAAAUAACUUUUUUUUUUAGGAAUAACAUUUAUCGUUAUGUAUUGUUUAAUUUGAGUUAUAUUGCUGGUCUUUGAGACUAGCUCAAAAGGUUAAAUAUUACCACUGUCAGAAGUUAUUAUGAGCAUUGUAAACCUUGUUUCUGAUCCAUUUUGACACUUUUUGUACUGCUAUAAAAUGAUAAAUCAUUGAAGGUUAAUAAAGGUUAAAAACUUUUUGAAAUUUCAUUGCAGACACUAAAGGUAAAGAGAAAAACUUUCUGCCUCUGAAAA